UCUGUGACUGCUUCUCCUAAAACGUGCUAUGACGUCAAUUUGCAGUGCACAAUGCGCACCAUCGUUCGUCAUUUAUUUCCUUUUGUUUACGUGCUGUUUGGCGGCCAACUACGUCAAAACUAAGACUGCUUUUAUAGUAUUUCCUAAUAAUCGAAGAUAUUCAUAAUAUUUUGAUUUAGAUCACAGUUAAAAUGUCCUCCGAAAAAGCUGUUUCCCAGGUAAGUGAUAUGUGCUGGUUGAAACUCGAAAAGUUCGCUGUUCAGAGAAGAUUUAUCGAUGAUGAUUACUACAAACCUGGAAACAAGUUGUGUCAAAGUGUUCUGGGUAAAAAGUCAGUAGUCAUAUUUGACAAUGAAGAUUUUCUUCAUCAACAAACAGAAAAGUUUAGGUGUCAUAUUCCUGCAUGUAUGAAAGUUUUUGAAACACUUAUCAGUUUUGAAGAUCACUAUAACACUCAUCAUCGGUAUGUUUGUGAAACAUGCCACAAACGUCUUCCAUCCCCCCAUCUUUUGGAUUUACACAUAUCUGAAACACAUGAUUCCUACUUUGCAGCCCUGGCAGAAAGAAAACCCAUGUUCCAGUGCUUUGUUGAAAGUUGCAAUCUAAGAUUUUCAAACAAGAAGGAAAGACGCUCACAUUGCAUUGAAGUACAUAAGUUUCCUCCUGAUUUCCGCUAUGAUUCUUCAAAAAAUGGAGAAAAGAAAAAGAAAAUAGUUCAAACAGAUUCUGCAGCAAAUACGUCGAAGCCAGGAAGAAUGUUGGGAUUCGGACAUACAUCGAACAGGGGUUUCUUUAGGAAUAGAGGUCGUGGAGGAAUUCAUCGGAGUGAUAGAAAACCGCGGAGUACAAGUGAAGAGGGAGAGGUGUCGAUGGCGGAUUUGGAAGAUGCGUUGCCAUCUAUGGAAUAACCAUUGGCAGCUGAAACGGUGAAUAAAAAUGUAGGUCUGGACAAAAUAGGCCUGGUGUAUUCACAGCAACCUUUGGCAUCCUGCCUCGCAACUCAAACAAAUAUACGAUGUUCGAAUACUUCA